GGGGAGGGCGGGGCCGCCGCGGGCUUCCUCGAGCCCGCCCCCCACCCGCGCUGCACCAACGCCAGCGUCUCGGUGCUGGAGGUGCCCGCCGAGCAGCAGACCACCCGCCUGGAGCGACUCCAGCACUACAGCAUCGAGCACGUCGACAUGGGCGCCCUCUACUACCAGAGCUGGUUCCACGGCAAAGAGCACUCAAACUACUUUGGGACGGACGAGAAGCUGGGGCCCGUGGCGGUGAGCAUCCGCAGGGAGAAGCUGGAGGAUACCAAAGAUUUGAAGGACCAGUACCAGUAUCGCAUCAUCUUCCGGACCAGUGAGCUGGUGACCCUGCGAGGCUCCAUCCUGGAAGACACCAUCCCCUCCACCACCAAGCACGGCACGGUGCGCGGGCUGCCCCUCAAGGACGUGCUGGAGUACGUGGUGCCCGAGCUCAACGCCCACUGCCUGCGGCUGGCGCUCAGCACCGCCAAGGUCACCGAGCAGCUCAUCAAGCUGGACGAGCAGGGGCUGAGCAAGAAGCACAAGGUGGGCAUCUUGCUGUGCCGGGCGGCCCAGAGCACCGAGGAGGAGAUGUACAACAACGAGGAGGCCAGCCCGGCCUUCCAGACCUUCCUCUCGCUGCUGGGGGACCGCGUCUGCCUCAAGGGCUUCAGCAAGUACGCAGCCCAGCUGGACACAAAGACGGACUCCACCGGCACCCACUCCCUCUACACCUGCUACCAGGACUACGAGGUCAUGUUCCACGUGUCCACGAUGCUCCCCUACAUGCCCAACAACCCGCAGCAGCUGCUGCGCAAGAGGCACAUCGGAAACGACAUCGUGACCAUCGUCUUCCAGGAGCCGGGGGCGCUGCCCUUCACGCCCCAGAACAUCCGCUCCCACUUCCAGCACGUCUUCAUCAUCGUGCGCGUGCACAACCCCGGCACCGAGAGCGUCUGCUACAGCGUGGCGGUGACGCGGAUGAAGGACGUGCCCCCCUUCGGGCCCCCCAUCCCGUGCGGGGUGACCUUCCGCAACUCGGAGGCCUUCCGGGACUUCCUGCUGGCCAAGGUGAUCAACGCAGAGAACGCGGCGCACAAGUCGGACAAGUUCCACACCAUGGCCACCCGCACGCGCCAGGAGUACCUGAAGGACCUGGCGGAGAACUGCGUCACCGGCACGCCCCUGGACUCGGCCGGCAAGUUCAACCUCAUGUCGCUGGCCUCCAAGAAGCGGGAGAGGGCGCGGGCGCGGGAGGGGGCGGAGCUGGGCAGCGCGGGGGCCGUGGGCUGGCGGGUGGCCGCGCAGGACUUCGGCCGGGCGGGCGAGAUCGACUGCGUGCUGGCCGUCUCCAACGAGUUCGUGGUGCUGGUGGACCGCGCCACCAAGGAGGUGGUCUUCAACUGCUUCUGCGCCGACGUCAUCGGCUGGACGCCCGACCGGCUGGCCCUCAAGAUCUUCUACGGGCGCGGGGACCACGUCUCCGUCCGGGUGGCCGAGGACCGCGCCCAGGACAUCCGCGAGGUGGUGCAGAGGGUCAAGGUGCUGACCGUGGGCUGCGAGACGGUGGACAUGACCCUGCGCCGGAACGGCCUGGGCCAGCUGGGCUUCCACGUCAAGUUCGACGGCACGGUGGCCGAGGUGGAGGAGUACGGCUUCGCCUGGCAGGCCGGGCUGCGGCAGGGCAGCCGGCUGGUGGAGAUCUGCAAGGUCGCCGUGGUGACGCUGUCCCACGACCAGAUGAUCGACCUCCUGCGCACCUCGGUGACGGUCAAGGUGGUCAUCAUCCCUCCCUACGACGAGGGCGGCCCCCGCAGGGGCUGCACGGAGGAGUACGAAAUGAAGACCAUGGAGCAGAAACCGGAGCCGGAGCCCGUGCCCGCCGGCUACAGGGCGCCCUACAGGAGCCCCGCCUGGAGGUGGGACAGCCCCCCCACCCACAGCGCCCCCCAGGGCCAGCGGUGGGCGUCCCCGGGCCUCCAGCCCCUGUCCCGCUCCCAGAAGGUGGUGGUGCCAGUUCCCUACAGAGAGCCGCAGCACGUGCCCAGCAAGCGGCCGGUGAGCUUCCCGGAGAACCCCUACAGCAUCUCUCCAGGAGGGGCUGAGCGGGCAGUGCCCUACCGCAACUCCUCCGGCAGCUUCUCCACCCCCGGCUCGGGCCUGGGGGUGCCCUUCAGCCGCUUCAAGCCCUCCCCCGACAGGUACGGCCCCCCCCAGCGCCCACUGGCCUACGAUCCGCACGCGCCCCUGGACCUGACCUCAAGCGGGGAGUCCUCGUCCGGCUUCACCAGCCAGGAGAGCACCAUGGAGCGGGUCAAGACAGAGCCGAUGUGGCACGUGCCCACCUCCUCACGGACCCCUGCCGCGCCCGGGGCGGGCGUCGUGGUGAAGAGGCCCAGCCGGCAGGACGCACCCAGCAGGGAUUCUCCCAACAGGCAUUCCAAGGGCGAAGCGCAGUACUCCAGCCACUCGAGCAGCAACACCCUGUCCAGCAACGCCUCCAGCAACCACAGCGACGAGCGCUGGUUCGACCCGGGAGACCCCGCCGAGGCCGAGCCGGACCCCCUGGCCAAGGGGGGCUCCAGCGACAGCGGCAUUGACGCCGCCACGCUCUACACACCCAGCCCCAACUCCACGGGCGUGAAGCCGGGCCGCCCCGUGCCCGGCAUGUCCCAGAAGGCUCUGCACAGCUCCGCCACCUACAGCGGGCUGCAGGAGCUGGCCGGCCGCGCCGCGGAGCGCAGGAGGGAGUCCUCUCCGGCCAUCGCCUCGGGGGUGCAGACCAAGGGGUACCGCACCAAGACCUUCCCCCCGCCCAGCGCCCCCGGAGACCCCUUCCAGUCCAGAAGAUCUCCCAGGAAGAGCCUCCAGCGCACUUUCUCCGACGAGAGUAUCUGCAGUGGGCGCCGGGACCCCAGCUACGCCAGCUCUCAGCUCUAUGAGUCCACGGCCCCCAACGACCUGCUCUUCAGCAGCACCCUGCCCCUGCGCCGCACCCACCAGCCCGCCAGCCACCUGCCAGACAAGAAGUCCAACAUCUCGGCCUCAGAGCUGUCCCUGACAGAGGCGCGGGACAAGACUUCCCUGCGCCGGCUGGACCCCGGCAUGAUGCCCCUUCCCGACACGGCCUGCGGGCUGGAGUGGUCCAGCCUGGUCAACGCAGCCAAAGCGUAUGAAGUCCAGAAGGCCGUGUCGCUGUUCUCCCUCAACGAGCCGGUGGCGCUGCCGGACCUCCGCCCGGACCCCAGCCCGGUGCACUUCCAGGCACCUCCGACGCCCCGGACCACCCCCACCAUCGGCGAGGACAUCUCCAGCGACCUGUCGGGCAGGAUCCAUCACCUGGAGGUGAUGCUGAGGCAGCUGAACAGCGACUUGGAAAAGGAGAAGCAGGACAAGGUGGCUCUGCUGGUCGAGGUGGCCAGCCUGAGGGAGAACAACCAGCGGCUGCAGGAGGAGUCCCAGACGGCCAGCGAGCAGCUCAAGAAGUUCAGCCAGAUGUUCGGCCGAUCGGCGGAGCGCAAAUAGCGGGCGGGGGUCUCCCCCACCCCCCCACCCCGAAACAACCGGGGGCGGAGAGGCUCGGCUCGGACCCUCGUACUCAGUGCAGCUACUCGGGGAAUCUCCCCUGAAGCUCCUGGACGGACUGGGUUUGGGGGGGAGGGGGGGAGACCUGAAAAUGCCAAAGGAGAGGUGCCCCCCGAGUCCUCUCUGUCGGUCGAGACCUUGCUGACCUGGCUGGGGGGGCCGCCUUUCACUACAGGCACACAGGUGCCCCCCCGAGCCAGGAGCACUUUCUUUGAGCAGAACAGGUACUUUUCUCUGUAACAUUGGGUCAGUCUUAAAAACUCUGAAACGAAUUGAAAAUUCAAUAGUUUUAAUUAUUGUUGUUGUUGUUGUUAUUAUAAUUAUUAUAUUUGUUUUUUUAUUCUAAUUACUGAGGUUAUUUUUUUAAUUGCUUUUCUACCACGAUUUGGGUUGGUCUUCAUUUUUGUACAUCUCACUCCGCCGUGCGUUGGUGCCCGGCCCGCUGGACUCCGGAUCCGAUCCGAUCCGAGGCGCGGCGGGUGGCGUGUUCCUACUCGACAGUGACACUAACGGCGUGGGCGUCGAGUGAGAUCCGACUCUUCCCGGGGCUGUCCGCUCGGAUGCCGCUGGGAGAGUCGGGAACUUCAGUCGGCCUUUGUGUUGCGCCAGGGGGCGCGGCCGGGCCCUAGCUCGGUUCAGAAGACCCCCAGAAUUAGCCCGCUGAGCGCCGGUCUCCGGCUCGGCCUGUUUGGAGCAGUGAGGCUUUCACCAGCCUGGUGUCCGUUCCGGGUGCUCAUGUCCAGGUGCGCCUUUCCUGGCUGCGUUAGAGAAUGAACACCCCCCCCCGCCCCGGAAAACAACCGGCUCCGCUGUCGAGAUCUGGGCCUCGUCCACUGUGCCCGUCGCUCUCUCCCGGACCGCUCGGCACAUGUCGCGAGAGUUUGGGGCCCCGUCGCCGUGAGCACGCCGCCCGCAUGGCUGGGCUCGAGUGGGUCGCUGUCGGUGGGCUCCAGGUUCCGGGGGUGAAACACUACAUUGGUAGAAUCUGCCGCUCUGUCCUUCCCUCCUUUUCCUUCUCGACGCACGUGGCCUCGCGGUCACAGAGGGCCCCGCGGGCGGCGGCGUAGCUCCCUGAAUGCGCCGUGCUUGAGCCCCUUCCCCCCGUCCCCCCCCUUUUAAUUCCUGGCAGAAGCUUCUCAAACAGGGUACAGGGGCUCGGCUUCUGCCCGGCUCUGUUGCUGCCGAGCGGGCCGACGGGAGCGCGGAACAGGAUCGGAGCUGCUCCGAGCGGGCGGGCGGACCCCGGCGUGCUUCCUCUCUCCCCGAGACGCGCGCUCGCCGCUGUGCCGUUUCAGCUCCGCUGUGAAUAUAGACAAAUUGCUAAUUUUAUAAAAGAUCAUUCAAAAGACGACGACGAAAGAGAAAGCCAUAUGACUAUUUUUAUAGGGUGCGUACAGCUAUUUUUGGAGGGCUAAAGUAUUUUUGUACGUUUUUAAAAGCAGGUCGCGCGGGAGACGGGCGAGAGGUUGAUGGCUGUUAAUGGUUCAGAGACAAAAUAUCGCCGUUCGGCGGUCUUGGCCCUGAGAACUCAAAGGGUCUGUUGUGUCGGGAGAGAGAGUCCAGGCGGUCGAUGGUGGGAGAUUUGGAAAAGCAGUUGACGCCAAUUCCGACCUUGUGCAGCAGGUGGCGACACUGGGGCCUCGCCGCCAUGCUGGAUCCCCCUGCCCAGCGAGCGAGGCAUCGGACAGGGCGGACCCAGCUGAGGAGGUCCCCCAGGGCGGUUGGACAGGAGGAAGACUCGUGGCUGAGAGUGACCGCGGGUUCCUGGCUCUGUCUGGCCGGAGCCGAAGGGGCCGUCUCCCGCCGGAAGCGCUCGGUUGUACACUACAGCUCGACGACUUUAACUGUACUCGCGGUACGCGCAGGGCGACGGGUCGGUUCUCUUGUUUUCUGAGUUUAAUUUAUUUUUUUCCCCUGGGUUGUGCCGCGAGAGGCGUCCCGUUCGGAUCUCGCCCGCGCGUCGCCCGUCGUCCUCGGCGCCGAGCUCGCGGAUCUGUCGUCCCGCCUCUCGGGGAGCGGAAUACGUUUCCGAUUAGGUGUAAAUGGAACUGUGUAAAUGAUAUUUUCCUUGUUUUAUAUAUAUAUAUAAACCACACAGCUAAUUUUUCUUGAAGGUGAGACGUCUAUUUAAUUUUUUGUAUUCUGCCUGUAUGCCAAUUGAGUUUGUUCCGAUUGCUCACUCUUUGCGUUCUGCAGGCAUGUACAAGGAGGACAAAAUAAAAGUUUCCUAAAAACUGG